AUGACAUCAAAUUUACAAAAAGAUACAACUUUAACAAAAAUCUUUGUUGGUGGAUUGCCAUAUCAUACAACCGAUGAAAGUUUACGUUGUUUUUUCGAUCAAUUCGGUCCGAUUGAUGAAGCGGUUGUGAUAACGGAUCGACAAACUGGAAAAAGUCGCGGUUAUGGAUUUGUAACUAUGACUCGUACUGAAGAUGCUUUACUUGCUAUACGUGAUCCUAAUCCAUGCAUUGAUGGUCGUAAAGCCAAUGUGAAUUUAGCUGUACUUGGAGCUAAACCACGUCUUAUGCCUGGAACUAACACUGCAGUACCGGGAUUCUUUCCAUUACAAACUGGCUUACCUAUCGAUGCUAGUCAUGCAGGUCUGUAUAACAAUCCUGCAGCUGCAGCAGUUGUCACGAAUUCUUUAAUGAAUCCAUUAAUGAAUGCCAACUUGUUAACAGGUUUCAAUAUGCCAAAUGGUGCUACAUUACCACCGGGAAUGAGUGGUCUAUUACAAACACCAACUAAUCCAAUGUCAUCGGUAACCAAUGAUCUAACAUCGGAUAAUCGAUUACAAACACAAAUCCCAUUGAAUUCACUUGCUAGUUUAAAUUAUUUGCUGAAUUAUUCAAAUGCUAUUGGCAAUCCAUCAUCUGGAUCGUCUGCGGCAGCCGCCGCCGUUGCAGCAGCUCUCGCUGCAACAGCUAAUAACAACCAACAAAAUAUUUCACCAGCUACACUAGCAUUAUUAAUGUCUGCUUAUGGACAAGGUACAAAUGGAUUGAAUACUAUACUGCCAGCUAAUAAUUCAUUUGUAGGAAUGUCACCUGCUACACAUCAGUCAUUGAAUGCAACUAGCCUACCAGUAACAAGUUUAUUAAACUUAAACUCAACUACAUCAAAUACACCAAGUUUAAAUGUAUUAACAGGAGGUAGCCAAUCUGUGUCACCAUUUUGUAGAACAUUCACUCCAGACGUUUCACCGAAUGAUUUGAAUGCUUAUUCCGCUGCUAUGGCUUAUCAACGUCUACUUAAUAAUAUGGCAUCAAAUUAUCAAACAAUUCCAUCAUCUUUAUUUACACCGGUGAAUUCAACGAAUUCACUAUCAAGCGCUUUGCUUAACAAUCAAUUCACUGCAAAUUCAAAUCAAACUAUGAAUUUCAACACCAACAAUAACAAUACUAUGACUAAUCAUCACACAUCGAAUAACACUAUCAAUAGUGUAUCAACAGAUCAAUCCAAUUCAAUGCCUUUAAUAUUUCCAUCGACAUCGCGUAAUUUAAUUCCAUUCACAUCAGAUAUCAAUCAUAAUAAUAAUACAUCAUAUGAUUAUGGUAAUUCACAAGAACUAUCGGCUAAUAUUCAUUCUAGUCUAACAACAGGUCAACAACAUUCAACAACCAAUGCUACACCUUCACCACUUCGUGAUGAUUGGAUUCAUCCACUUUACACCGAUCGUACUUUUGCUGUUAAUAUUGGACGUUUACUUGAUAAUCAAAAAUCUUUAUUUGAAAAUUCUUCUGAUGAAACAGAUUCAGAUCGAUUGAAAAUAUUAGCAUUUAUAAGAUUGUCUUGGGCAUUAUGCCUUCGUAGAACAAAUCAUUUACGUGCUGAACUACGCCGACGUCAAACAGUUGAUGUCAAUCGAUCUACUACACCAUAUGUUGUUGUAGUGAAUGGCAAUGAUCUUACUACAUUGAAUGAAGAAGAUUUUGGAAUUGGUGGAGAUGAAGACGAUGAGCUGCAAGCUGUUUUAGCUAUUGAAUCUGGUGCACUGGAAUUCGCUCGUCAACAAAUUUUGAACACUUCAGACUUUGAACGUCAACCAAUCUGGGUGUAUCGUAUGCAUUGUAUUAUAACUGAUUUAAUUGUACACAUGUCUGCACGUGUAAAAGAGAUUCGAUUACGUGAUGAAGAUAUACUUAGAUCGACAGGUUUUGAUCCAUCGACUACGGGGCAUGGUUUUGCGAAUUUCCUACUAUUCAUUGCUCAACUUUACAAUCAUCCAGGUUCUCGUUUGCAUGGUCGAUUGGCUUUGGAAUAUUGGUGGCCUGUCAGUGAAUUAGCUAACAUUGUACCAGUUGCAACAGCAUCGGGUACAAAUGAUUUAUUAUCUCCAAAUACGGCGAAUAAAUCACCUAGACCAAAAUUUCAUCCUUAUGGUAAUCAUUCACGUAAUGCAGAAGUUGAUAAUAUUCGACAGGCAGCACUUAUACGAUUUUUAAGAUUAGCUGGUGAUAUGGUCACUGCACCUUGUCUAUUCUUACCUUAUUUACGUAUGCUACAUGGUUUAUGCUGUUCUCGUAGUGCAGCCAGUCUAUGUUUCAGUCUUCUCAAAGCCAAUGCUACUAAUCCGGGUCGCGGUGCCUCGUUAAUUACUUGGGAUCAUUUUUUCAACAGUUUUCGUCAAUAUUUAAAUCAUAUGAAACAAGUGGUUAUUGUACAAUCAGAAUCAACUAAUCUUAGACUACAAGCUUCAAAUCAACUAUAUCCUCAUCUUUAUGUCAAUGAUGGAGUUGUUGCUCGUUCCCGGGUGUCUGGUUUUCCACGUUCAACAACUGAAUCUAUGUAUGGUCAAAGAAAAGGUUCUGGUCAAUCUGAUAUUCCUAUGACAACAACAACAACAACUACACCUACGAACAUUCAACCACGUUCUAUUCAACCGGAAGAACAAGCUGGUCUGCAGGCAGUUUUACGAUUGGUUGCUCGUAUUUGUCGAAUGGAUCCAGUUGCACGUUCCACUUUCAUUUCAAAUCCACAAUGGCAAGUAAUACCAAUGUGUAUGGGCUUCUUGACUUGUCCAGUUUCUUUAGAUUUAAAAGCUGAUAUUUUGUAUUUACUUACUGAAAUUUGUAAAAGUCAACAAAAUAUUCCAAUUAUAUGGCAACAUUUCGUUAGUGCAGAACUUUUACCUUUUACUGUGCAACGUCAUCCUAAUCAACCUCAGUCGAUCAAUGGAUUGAAUACCGAUAUGGAUGAAGUGGAACCACGAGCUGAGGAAUAUCCACUGACAAAUGCUUUUCUUACAUUAAUCACUGUUAUGCUUCCAAAAUUAAUCAAUUAUCCUAUGCAUAAUAUAAUAUCAAGCAAUGUGUUAAAACCUACCGAUAUCAAAGAAUUCAAUGUAUUCGGAGCAACUAGCUCUGGUCCAAUGAAUAUUAUACUGCCUCAAACAAAUGCCUUUCUGUCAAUUACAUCAUUUAUAACGAAUACAAUAUUUUUAAGGCAUACCAUGAGAGCGUAUCGUAAUCCAAUGGAACGAUGGGAUAUUGCUGCAUCUUGUCUAAUUCUAUUCGAUGGUCUUGUACAUGAUUUUUUAAAUCGAUUAAAUAAUGCUACCGCCCUGAUUACCACGAUGAUAGCUGCUAGUCAUGAAAAGAAUGUUGACAGUUUCGAUGCAUUAUUUACAAAAACAACAAUUACUAGUGACAUGUCUUCUUCCAUUAUUCCUAGUAAACAUUCUCAUGUAUUGACGACCAGUACUGGUCAAUCAGUUGACUGGGCAUCUUAUCUAUUGGAUGUAUUAUUUCAAAUUGGCAAAGAACAACAUCACCACCACCAACAACAACCAAUUCAAGGUCGUCAUUUCCAUUCUCCGUCGUCGUUGUCAGCAAUGAAUUCAUUCGAUGGUUUAAUAAGUCAAUUGCAUUUACCAAUUGGUUGGCCUUAUAGUGAUCCAGGCUAUCAUUUAGCUACGCAAUUAUUAACAGAUUCCUCUUUAUUCCGAAUGGUAACUGGUCUUUUAGAAGUAGGCCUUCAUAGACAUUUAGAAUUUCCUAUACCGAAUGGUCCACCAGUAUCAAUGACUCGUGCAACAUACGCUGGUCUGAGUUUAAUACGUCGACUAUUGGCUAGUGAAGAUAUUUUAGUCACAUUUGUUCGACGUAUAGCAACUAAUAUUCAACCACGCGUUGGAUCUGUGCAAACCUCGUCGAAUAUUUCGAUUCCAUUGCCGAAUCUUCCGUCAUUUGGUCUUACAAUACUUCCUGUAUAUGUUUCACGUUUAUUAAUGUCAACUAAUUUAGGAUCUGGAAGAGCAGGUCUUAUUCCAAUGUUAUUAAAAUAUUGUAUGCUAGCGGAUUAUCUACCCGAUCAUACAUCAUGUGCUGUUAGUAUUCUUGGUUAUUUAGCCUCAUCCAUACAACCACAUACAGAUUUAUUAGCCUUGUUGACAGCUGAUGAAACUAUACGAAAUCAAUUGCUUGGUACAUUUGCACAUUUAAUCAAAUGGCCAUCAAUCAAUGACGAUAUGAUGAAUUCCAGUCUAAAUUCCACCAUGAUGACGACCGCCAGUCAUAAUUUAGAUAAUGAAGGUCAUUUUGCAUUCACUGAUGACUGGCUUUAUAAUGAUUUAAAUGAGAAUAAUGAAUUAUGUUUGCAUACAGUCGGGACGUUUUCAUCGAGGCUACCAUCACCGGUAAUUCAUGUGGCACGAUUCGAUGCUGCUUUCCCGUCCCAGAUUAAUCAAUGGUAUUUUCCUAGUCAAAUAUGGGAACGUUGUACUACAUAUUUGAUGAAUACAUAUUUUACUGAAUGGACCGAUAUACGAAUUACACAUAGUCGAAUGCAUAAUAUCAGUAAUAAUAAUAAUAGUAAUGAUUAUUAUAAUAUUGCAUUUGGUGAUUGGCUUUAUCAAAUCACUGCAAAUACUCAAUCCAUACCAAUUUCUAUAUCAUUUCUACAAAUAUUAUUAGCUGUCAUGGAACAUCCUACACCGAAUUUAGUGCAUUGGUUAUGUGGAUUUCGUAUUGACAAUUGUAAAGCUGUUAGUCAAUCCAAUUUACAGGAUGCUGGUAUAGCUGAUCAACAAAGAACCUGCUUACAUAGUAUGCUUGAUAUGAUAGAUAGUACUACUCAUUGGCUACAAUCAAUCACAACACUACCUUUUGAAUUCUCUUGUGCAUUACAAUGGAAUUUGGCGCUGAUUUGGCAAAUUUUUUAUAAAUUAGCCUCAAAUCCAUUGACAUCGGAACCUUUCUUGCGUUUUCUACGUAACAAUCAUGAUUUGUUAGCGAAAUAUUUACAUUCGGAUCUUUGUCAAUCUAUUCUGCCGUCAAGUUUUGAUGGAAAUAUCAGUGAAAUUUUCACUGAUCGACAGAAAGCAGUGAUUGAAGCUUUAGCUUUGAAUCGUAAAAACUGGAUCCUUCGUUUGUACGCUAUUGAAAUACGUGUAUCUGCUAUGGCUAAUCAACGGUCUUAUGUAACACGAUUAUUGAAACUGUUCCUUGGUGAUCUUUUGUUUGAUAAUACUCUUUUAUCACUUAAUCAACUGCCAGAAUCUCCUUCUGUUCUUGUGAAUUUUUUACAAAUUCUAAAUGUAUCCAAACAAUUUGUCAGUGAUUCUAAUCCAAUCGAAUCGAAAUUAUUCAAUCCAAAUGUUUUACAUGAUUUAAUAACAAAAUCAUCCAUCAAUUGUUCUCUAUUAAGCUCCGAUUCGAAUGCAACAAAAUCUUUAUCAACAAUGAUACAUUUUAAAUUAUUCUUAAUGAAUUUAUACAUGAAACUAAUCAGUACACGUAUUGAUCUAGACAAUUAUACCAAUGAUGAUUUAAACAAAUUGAUUACAUUGACAUUUGAUCAAGUAUUCAAUGUGACAACAUCCGCAUAUCAUUUAUCCAACUUAGAAGUGUUCAAUACACCUUAUGCGUCGUUGUCGUCGUCGUCGGCAACAGCAACAGCGACAUUAUCCUCAACCACAGCAAUGACAAUCAAUAAAACACUGCAAUCGGAAUUGAUGAAACAAAUAUCUGCACUACGUGAAUGGAUUGAUCAUCAAAAUGUUCAUAUACUACAUUUGUAUACUGGUAAACAAGCAGCUCUUGAAGCAUGGCGACAAGCAGUUGAAAUUAGUUUAGGUUUGUUAACAAAUCAAGCACAAUAUAACAGUGGGGAUAAUAAUAGUAAUACAGUACAACAAUCUUUAAAUCAAUCCAUAAUACCUGUAUCAAAUUAUCUGUAUUCGGAAUUAAUCAGUUUAUUACGUUAUAAUAAUCAAAAUAAUAAUCAUAAUAAUAAUGGCUACGAUGUUGAUAUUGAUGUGGGGAUAAAUGAAGCAAAUCAUUUGACACGAUAUAAAUGUCAACUACGUCCUCUUCCAGUACUUUGUUUAGAAGUGCUUAUUUUGUUGUUAUCUCAGAUUUGUUCUGUGAAAGAAGUCCCACAAACUAUACGUCUAUUAGCUAGUGGUACCAGUUUAACAUUGUGUUCUUUUUUACAUUAUUGUCAAUCAUCAUGUUUGAAUUCAUCCAAGACAAAUACUACGGAAAUAACAACAAGUGGACUACUUGGUAAAAAUGGUAUUUACCAAAAACAUUGGUCUCCUCUACUUAUCUCAGUAAUGGAAUUGUUAAUCAAAUCGAUUGUUCGAACUAAAAAUUCAACACAGCGUAUGCGUGCUAAUUAUUACGGAAGUUUAUGUUACGUGAUACGUUUCUGCCGGGAUCUUGGUCAAUCUGUAAAAGAUGAUCAAUCGUCAUUAUCCAAUGAUUACACUUCAUUAAUUGAAUGCUUCUCUAUAUUUAAUCCUUCAUCAACUAUUAACAGUACUACUACUACUGCUUCUGCUGCUUCUGUUGCUACUACUACUAAUUUGAAUAAAAUUCAUUCGAAUAUUAUUAAUGCAUCAGAUUUAAUACAAUUACAUUCUAUAUUAAUUGAUGAUUUAAUUCAUGGACGGCAUACAAUGAUACAAUUAUCUGCUUUGAGUUUAUUAGACUUGUUAAUUUCAUUCACACAUUGUUCACAACAGCUAAUUACCAGUCUUGAUAAACAAGGAACUAUUCAGCAUAUCAUUGAUACAACUAUUGAAGAUUUACAAAUUUUAAGUAAAUUUCUUAAUUCAAUGAACAAUAGCACCAGUGUACCAACUCAUUCGAAUUUCAUGUCAAUGCUGCAAUUGAAUCAGGAUGAGAACACAUCAUCAUCAUCAACGCCAUCGUCAAUUAUGUCAUCCUAUUUAUUGUAUCAAUCGAAAAUGUCAAUUCUAUGCCGAAUUGGCAGUUAUUCUAUUGGUGCAAAGAUUUUAACAAAUCAUGGACUUGUUAAUCUUUUGGCUAAAUGUGACAUAUUCUCAUUAUCGAAUUUAGCGAAUUGUUAUUCAUACGGUUUAGAUUGUUUGUAUAUUUAUGAAAAUGGUACUAAUAUUAUUGGUAGCAUGAAUCUUUCGCAUCAAUCUCAACAAUCUCAAUCUCAAUUAAUGAAUUUAGCUUGGCUUUGUUCAUCGAAACUGCAACGUUACUUCAGCACCACCACCACCUCCACAUCCACCUCGCCGGCUUCGUCGACUUCGUCAAUUGUCUCAUUGAAAGUUGGUCAUUCCAUGUAUUUCAAUUGCAUUGAAUCUAUUUUAACUGGUUCAAUGUUUGAAUCCAAUUAUGAAAUGGAAGAGAAUGAAUGCAUGGAAAUCAAUUGGUCUGCAUUAAUGAUACCAGCAUUGAGACUUUUUAAAAUUAUGAUUAGUUCAUUAGGUACAACACAUAUGUCAAUUCAUCAACAAAUUGUUAAUUUCUUAUAUACACAUUCAACUUCAUUUUUGUGCAAUGAAUUACAAUUGACCAGUGCACUGAUUACAUUUUUAAGUCGUCACGAUUGGUCUUACGUCAAUCAUCAUCAUCAUCGUCAACAACAACCGAUGAAUUCUAAUUGGUUGAUACAAUGGUUAGCAUCUGAAACAAAUAUUAUCAAUCUGUUUAGUUUAAUUAUGCCAAAUUGUAUUCAUUCUGCGAGUAUAUCAUGUUCCGAUGAGUAUUCCAAUCUUCAACGUGAAGUAAUCCAGUCGAAAAUUCUACGUCAUACAUUUGAAUUACUCACCAAUUUAAUGCAUUCCAAUCAUAUUUCACUAGAUAAUCAUCUUAAUCAUAAUGAUGCUAAUGAUGAUGAUGAUGAUGAUGAUGAUGUGAAUGAUAUUUGUCGAAAUGAUAAAUUUCAUAAUGUCAAUUUAGCUGUUGAGCAUUUAUUCAUUGAAACACAAUUUAUUCAAUUAUUGUCAAGUUUAUUACUUGUCUUAACUACAUAUUUAAGUACAUCAUUACAGAAUAGUAGUAGUAGUAGACUGCGUAAAUUUACUCUAGAUGAUUAUGCACGAAAUGAUAGAACACGUUUAUUAUAUCAAUUUUUCAAUGUGAAUACAAUGAAUGCCGAACAAGAAAAUUCAGCCAAUAGUAUAAAAAUUCAAAAUUUACUAACAUUAAUUGUUCAAAUAUUACAAUGGUCAUUGAAAUGUUUAAGGAGUAAAGAGAAAUGUUGUUUAGCAUUAUUGAUCAAUGCACAAUUUCUUCAUGAUAAUAAUAAUAGUCGUAUCAUAAAAGAAUCCAGAAAUAAAACAAUUGGUGAACAGAAAAAUCAACAACAACAGCAACAAUUUGGCCAGUCUAUUGUUCAAUUAUUAAAUUGUGAAUCAUUCAAUGGAAAUUUACCAAUCAAUGAAUUAAAACAAGCUUCUUCGAUCAUAUUCAAAUUUCCUGUACAUUUGUUGAAUUCAGUUGAUCGAAUUUCUAUUGGUAAAGAAAAUCACAAUGCUGAAAUUCAAAUUGUACAACGAUUAACUCAACUUGGUGUCAGUUGUUUACGUGUUCAACUACGUGGAAUUAUUGGCAUCAUUGAACAGUCAACAUUUUUAUUAUGGAAACAUUUAAAUUAUCUCAUCAAUAAUCCAGAUGUGUUUUUAACCAAGGAGAAUAAUCAAGAAACACCUUCGCAUCAUCAACACGCAUCACAUUCAAUGCGUAAUCUUUCCACUACUGCAUAUAUUGCUUCUCCAAUAAAAAAUUCUUCUCUACCAACAACAAAUAUGAAUACACCGUCCAGAUAUAAUAGUGCAUUAAUGAAUACAACAUUGAAUCAAGCUAAUAAAAGUACAUUGUAUAAGAAUAUGCCUUGGUUACGUAAUUAUUGUGAACAUUUACAGGGAAAUGAAGUAAUGGAAAUGUUAAAUCAGUUGACUAAGGCUGCUUAUUUAAAACAAAACCAACGUUUAUUUAUACAAGUAAUGCAUGAUCGUUUAGAAAGAAUCAUACAAAAACAGCUGAUGAGUAAUAAUCAUAAUGACAAUAAUAAUAAUAAUAUUAAUAGUAAUAAUAAUCUUACAUCAUUAUCAACAAUACAAACACCAACUGGAUGAAUGAAUUUUAUGAACAAUUACUGUUGAACAAACAAUUAUUCAAUAAUUGUACAUUAUAAUUGUGUAUAUUUCUAUUGUAUGUGUGUAUAUGU